CCCGCCCCCCGGCGCGCGGCUGGAAGAUGGCGGCGGAGCUGGCGCUGCUGGAGCGGUGGCUGGGGCUGCGCGCGCGCGCGGCGGCGGGGCCCGGCGGCCGGGCACCCGUGCUGCAGACCCAGGACGGCCCCAGCCUGCAGGGCCUGAGCACCAUCGCGGCUCACCUGGUGAGGCAGGCCGACCAGGAGCACCUGCUGGGGAGCACCGCCGAGGAGAAGGCCCUGGUGCAGCAGUGGCUGGAGUACAGGGUCACGCGCCUCCAGAGCCACGCCAGCAAGGAGGACGCCCGGGCGCUGCUGAAGGACCUGAACGCCUACCUGGAGGACAAGGCCUACGUCACGGGACACCGCCUCACGCUGGCCGACGCCCUGCUCUACUACGGGCUGCACCGCUUCAUCGUGGAGCUGACCGUCCAGGAGAAGGAGAAGUACCUCAACGUGUCGCGCUGGUUCUGCCACGUCCAGCACUGCCCAGGCCUGCGGCAGAACCUGCCCGCCGUGGUGUUCGUCAGGAACAGGCUGUACGCGCCCGUCCACUAGAGCCCCGGAGGCCGCUGGCGUGCCGCCCACUG